CCUGCCAACCGAUGGGCAGCACGGCAAUGCCGCGGUGGGCAUCGUGCCUCGUCCUCGUCCUGGCGGCCGUGGCUGCGACGGCGAAGGGCGCGCGACGCGGCCUCGGCCAGGACGCCGACGCGCGGAGCGACAGCGGCCGCGGGUUGCUGCCGACGAGCGAGCAGGCCGACGGCGACCUCCACCUGCUCGACCGGGCGGACGACGACAACGCGGUCCGAGGCAUGGAGGCGGGGCUGGCGCCGUGGCCCGCGCAGAGCCACCUUGCCGCCCAGCAGGAGUUCCGGCGGCUCAGCCUCCCGAUGCUGGCGUGCAGGUCCCGCUUCAUCCAGGCGCUGGGCGAGGCCGGGCCGCAGGCCGAGGAGGCCGUGAACGCGGCGCUGGCGGCGGGACGCGCCUUCCUGGACCGCGUGCUGGAGGACGCCCUCGCCGACAUCCCCCUCGCCAGCAUGGAGACGGACUCGGAGAUCGCCGCCAUCCAGGCCAGCCUCGCGGCGGGCGAGCGCUACCCGGCCGGCGACAUCCUGGAGGCGCGGUGGCGGCGGGCCGUGCGGCUGUCCAGGUCGCUGCCGGACGACGGCGUCCUGGACGCGCGGGCCAGAGUCAGCACGCAGGCCCGGCCGCUGUGCCGCCUCAUCGGGCGGGAGCUCCGGGCGGGCGUCGUGGAGCGGGGCGUCACCGGCGACGCCGAGGCCACCGUCGGCAAGCUCUGGAAGUGCCUGCAGCACCGCCUGCUGCCGCGCCGCCACCUCGGCUCGCCCGACUACCCCGGCGACGCGCGGAGGUGA